UUCAUGAAUCGUUUAAUCCCAUCUGUUCAUUACCAAGAUUAACGGGUAAAUGUCGUGCCAAUUUACAACGUUGGGGUUGGAAUCCACAAACAGGCACUUGUCAAUCAUUCAUCUAUGGUGGAUGUGAUGCAAAUGAGAAUAAUUUUUCAACUAAAAAAGAAUGUGAAAAGGUGUGUCAAA